AUGGCCGCCUUCGUCAGGGUCUCGGGCCCUCCCAAUAGCAGUAUACUGGUGGGCUACCCGGGAAUCUCUGCCACCUUACCGCGCAUUGAAGGAAAGGUCGAAAUACGCCCGUCUCAGGGAUACUCCAUGCCGGUCUCCAUCUCCCUCGUUCGCAUCUGUCUACAACGUCGCGAAACCAUCCACCCUGCCGCUGAUAAUAUGGCCAGGAAACACCUGAGCACACCACGUCGCGAUGCCGUCGAUGUUGUCGGCAAAGAAAUGCUGCUCUUCCGCUGCGCAUCUGGCAAAGAGUCCGAAAGCGUUGUUGCCAUGGACUUGCCCUUUGUACUUUUUAUCCCCUUUGGCCGCGGAGGCGAGGAAACCAAUCGGCGCAUCCCGCCCGCAUCAUUACAGCUGCCCAGUCGCAUCGCCGAGACCUACUACGAGCUGGUCGUGACUGUCCAGCAAGGACCAAGCGUACAGAAUAAAUACUCCUUCCCUAUGCCGCUGCAGCGUUACGAUACACUGUCAACCUUUGGCAUGUACAACAAGCAAGAAAACCGUGUGGUGACGACCGACAACAUAGUGACGCUUGCCAUCUCUUUACCGCGAUGGAGCUAUGGGCCUCUGGACCCCAUUACGGUCUAUAUCAAGCUGGCACCCAAUCCGGACUGGCUCAACAAAGCCAAACGUGUUACAAUCAAGACGAUCACACUUAGCAUCGAGGAAGAAAUCACCUUCAACCCGGAAGGCGACGAGCCCACCAAGAAGAUCAACAAAAUCGCCAAACACUCACAAAAUGUCCAGACUAAGAUGCCUGAGGCGGGCUACGUUACGAACCUGGGCCUUGUGUUCCCGGCGCGUGACCUACGUGGCAGCGAUGGUAUCAUCCGUCGCGGGAAGCCAGCAUUCCCUUUGCACGAGGCACAAAUGAGCUCAGCCCGGGAUAUUACUCUGCGCCUACCGAUCGUCAUAUGCCCGCUUGACCAUCAAGCGUGCAAGGAAGAGAUGGACGCUAUUGAGCAAGCCGCUAAGGACGCUUCGCGGGUUGACCCCAACAAUCCUAUGCUACCCGCAGCUGCCAUUGUUCUCGCCAACGACCGCGACUCUCUCCGGCAUCUAGGCCUCUGCGUGGUUGGUGGCCAGAAGAAGCCCCUGAUCGAAUGA